AUGACCUCUCGAAAUGGAAUCUCUUCCAUCUUCAUCUUACAGAAAAAACCUCCACUUCCUCCUCCUUAUCAAAUUCUCAAAAUCUCGUCUAUCACCACCAGACAACAACAACAACAACAACAACAACAACAACAACUCUACCCCAAAUUUCCUUCUACAGACAGCACAUUAUCACCUACCCCACAGACUCAAUAUAUCAACCACCCACCCCUCAACCCAAUCAAAUCUUCUUCUCGUAACAUCAGAGGACAAAAGACAUAUCCCUCUCGAGAUCCUUGCACUGCGAGCUUUACCUCCACUCCAUCCUCUUCCACCUCCCCUAUCUAUUGCCUCACAGGCUCAGAGUACUACUGGACGAGUAACCGACGAUCAGCAGUAGUAGCAGUAGUAGUAGGAGGAGGAGUAGUAGUAGAUUAUGAUAAUAAGGACAACGAAAACGGCAAAUCCGAAAAUAUCUGGUGGCAUUGGCGAGAGGAAAGAUGGAAUGUUGCGGCCGGCUAG